UGCUUGCCUUUGCAUCCCACUUUCGACAACCUUGUUGAUCGCAACGCACGCCACAAUGUCGGCCCUCAAGAGCUUCAAGCUGACCAACCGGUCUCCCAAGGCUCCCAUCAAGAAGCUACCUAGCUCCGUUGACCUCACUGCCGAUGCUACCGUCGAAGACCUCAAAAUCCUGAUUGCCAAAGCCGUGGGCAUCAGCGACCACAACCGUAUCGGUAUAUAUGAUCCUACCACCAAGAAGACCCUCAAGGACCGCAAAGCUCGCCUGAGCGAGGAGCCCGGCGUGGCCGCCGCACACGAGGUCCUGGUCAAGGACAUGGGGCCUCAAAUCGCCUGGAAGACCGUCUUCGUGAUCGAGUACCUCGGACCUAUCAUCAUCCACGCUCUCGCGCUUGCCCUCCGCCCUCACCUUUACAAAGGAGCCCCGGAACCCCUCGAUCUGUCCCCCACCCAGUGGCUCGGCUUCGCCAUGUUCCAGCUGCACUUCCUGAAGCGCGAGUUCGAGACCCUUUUCGUGCACAAGUUUUCGGCCAACACGAUGCCCGUCUUCAACGUCUUCAAGAACAGCAUCUUUUACUGGGCCCUGUCGGGUGUGCUGUGUGCCUACAACAUAUACAGCCCUUCUUCACUGGCAGCCAAGGCCGACCAGCCCCUCAUCGACUACAUUGGUGCGGCCAUCUUCCUCUUUGGCGAGACGAUGAAUGCGACUGUGCACUGGUACUUGUCCAGCCUGCGUUCUGCCGGAGGCACGGAGCGCAAGAUCCCAGUCGGAUACGGCUUCGGGAUCGUCACAUGCCCAAACUACAUGUAUGAGAUCCUCUCAUGGGUAGGCGUCAUUCUUGCCACCAGAGACUGGUCGGUGGUGGUAUUCAUCGCUAGCGGCGCGGCCCAGAUGGGACCCUGGGGCAAGGGCAAGGAGAAGGCGUACAGGAAGGAGUUUGGGGAUCGCUACAAGAAGAAGCGCUACGUGAUGCUUCCGGGUAUCUACUAAGCGAACGGUAGCAGCAGCAUCAUGAGCUGGGUCUGCAAUGAUCCUGGUGGAAGAAGUUGUGUGGUAUGACCAACAACAAACAAAAACGGCUGUGGGAUCGCGUGGAUGCAAAGGAUGCAAAGGGAGACCAGAAAAACGUAUUAUCAUUAUCAUAACCCUAAUUGUCCACUCAAAAAAGAGC